AUGCCAACUAUAAGUGGUUUAUUAUAUAGUGCUUUAUUAGGUACUUCUGCUAGAUUCAUACAAACUGGUGUUAGUGGUAGCCCAUCUAAAUUUACUUCUAAAUUAGCUGGUUAUGGUAUAUUUAUUUCAACAUCAAUUGGUAUAUAUAUAUUUGGUAUCGAACCUCAAUUACAACAUACUUCAAAUUUAUUACAAAGAAGAUUAUUACAAUUAAGAGACCAAAGACAAGAACAAAUUGAGUUUUAUGAUGAUUUAAACAAAAAUGAUGAUAGAAUAUUUAAACCACAAGAUAGAGGUUGGUUUUUCAGAUAUUAUGAUUCAUGGAGUCAACCAUUUAAAUAG